CGGCAACGCCAAGAAUAAAAACAUCAAUAAAAAAAUUAAUAAAAUAAAAAAAUUAUUACUGCAUAAACUGCAAAUUCUCGAAUCUAAGCACAAUCAGGAUCUCAUCUGUGCAUCACUUCACUGUAGAAUUUAGAUUCAGAUCUUGAGUUGUUUCUAUUUAUUAUAAAUUUAUAUGACAAGUAGAAAUGUCGGAAAAUCACGAUUGGGAGAAUUCUGGAGCUGUUGAAAAUGGAGCAAUUUACCCUCAAUCUUCGACUAAUCAGUCAAUACGGGAAGCGGAAUCUAUUGAGUUGUCUCAUGUUGAUAGCAAAGAAGAUAUGUUUGUGGAUGCUUCAGAUGAGUUGAAUAAUGAUAAUAGGGAAGCUGGAACUCCAACUGCGCGUGAAAAUGAGGUCGUUAUAGAGGAACAGAACGCGGUAGCUAGACAGUUCGAUGACGUGGAUAAUAUUGCACACAAUAGUGAAGAUAAUCACUUUGUCAGUGAAAUGGAACGCAUGCGCGCUUUGCUGGAGCAGGCUGUUGAUGACAAGGAGAAAUUUGAAAUCAGAUACAAGGAAGAGAGGGAGGCGCUUGAGAAGGAGAUUUAUAUGAAGGAUCAAGAGAUUGAAGGGCUAAAUGCGAAGUUUAUGAGUUCCAUAGCAGAAGCAGAGAAGGGGGUUUAUGUGGAGAAGAACCAGCAAUGUGAGGUUGCACUGGAGAGGAUUUUGGCUGCUCUUGGGUCGGUUGUUGAUCAAGGAGAAUUGUUUGGUGAUCCUGGUGGGGAGCAGAUUGACCUUGUUGAGAAAAGCACUUUGGCAUUAAUUGAGAAGUAUAAGCAGUUUCUUUUUGAGGUUAAUCAACUUAGGCAGUGUUUGACAAAGGCUGAAUCCGAUUUUGGUGUGCAGGAGUUUAGUACUGUAUUUGUUGCUGCACGUGAUGAGUUAUUUGAGUUCAGGAGGAAGGAAGCAGAGCUGGUUGCAAAAAUAGGUUUUUUGGAAGAUGAAAAUAGGAAAUUGCUUGAACAAGUUGAAAGUGAGAAAGGGACGGUGGAGAUGCUAAAUUCGGAGCUUGGAAAAGCAAAGACAGAGGCUGAGCAGGAAAAGAUGAGGUGUGCUCAUACCAAGGAAAAGCUGAGCAUGGCUGUGACAAAAGGGAAAGCUUUGGUUCAGCAGCGGGACUCACUGAAGCAGUCUCUGGCUGAUAAAACAAGUGAGCUUCAGAGAUGUUUGGUUGAAUUGCAAGAGAAGUCGAGUGCCCUCGAAGCUGCUGAAUUACUGAAGGAAGAGUUGGUGAAGAGUGAAAAUUCGGUUGCAUCAUUGCAAGAAUCACUCUUGCAAAAGACCUUGGUUGUUGAGACAUUUGAACACAUCCUGUCCCAGAUUGAUGUACCGGAGGAACUGCAGUCAGUUGAUAUUGUGGGAAGAGCUAGAUGGCUUGUUAAUGAAAGAAAUGAACUGAAGGGUGUUUCCUUGGACUUCUACAGAUUGAAAGAUACCAUUUAUGCAAUUGAUUUACCUGAAAAUGUCUCCUUUACUGAUUUAGAUUCUCGUUUGGGUUGGCUUAAGGAAUCUUUUUACAGGGCUAAAGAUGAAAUAAAUAUGUUGCAAAAUGAAAUUGCCACAACAAAGGAAGCUGCAUGUGAUGAGAUUGAUCAUUUGAGUGCUUCACUUUCGACUGUACAACAAGAGAAGGAUUACAUUAAGGAAGAGUUAGAUCAACUUGGAAUUAAAUAUGAGGAAAUUGUUGGCAAGGUGCAUCAGAUAUCAUUGGACAAGGAUCAUUUAAGUGCUUCACUUGCAGGAGAACUGACAGAGAAGGAUUAUAUUCAAAAGGAGUUGGAUGACCUUACAAGUAAACAUGAAAAGGUAGUUGAGAAGGUCCAUCAACUUUCAUCAGAGAAAGCUCAGAUGUUAAGGAUGCUGGUUGAGGGUUCUGGAAUAAUGAUGGAUGAUCAAGAGGGGAUUGAGGACACUUCUUCUAGUUUACCCAUUCUAAUUGAUAGGUGCUUUGUGAAGAUAAAAGAACAAACGAGUGCCUCUUCGGAUACUCCUUUUGUGGAUGCAGAACUAUUUGAAAAUCUUCGAAGUCUUUUGUAUAUUAGGAACCUGGAGUUGAUGCUUUGUAAGGAAAUACUAGACGAAGAUAGUCUGGCAAGGUCACAGCUGAAUGAUCUGUCAAAUCAGUUCACAGUGGCUUCUCAGGAACUUUUUGUGCUGAAGGAGGAGAAAGAUGUGCUGCAAAAAGAUCUUGAACGAUCAGAGGAGAAAUCUGGUCUGCUGAGGGAAAAGUUAUCAAUGGCAGUUAAGAAAGGAAAGGGAUUGGUUCAAGAUCGGGAAAACUUGAAACUUCUUCUUGAGGAAAAGAACUCAGAAAUUGAGAACUUGAGGCUAGAGUUACAACAGCAAGAAUCUACCGUUGCUGAGUGCAGGGAUCAGAUCAGUACUUUAUCUAAUGAUUUAGAGUGCAUCCCAAAGUUGGAGAGUGAUCUUGCAGCUAUGAAAGAGCAAAGGGAUCAAUUCGAGAAGUUCUUAUUUGAGAGCAAUAACAUAUUGCAGAGAGUAAGCGAAUCAAUUGAUCGCAUUGUUAUUCCAGUUGAUUCAGCAUUUGAAGAGCCUAUAGCAAAGCUGAACUGGCUUGCUGGGUAUAUUGAUGAUUGUCAGACUGCCAAGACACAGACUGAACAAGAGUUGAGGGAAGUAAAGGAAGAGGCUAGUACCCUUACUGUCAAGCUAGCAGAAGCCCAAGCAAUUAUCAAAUCACUGGAAGAUGCAUUGGCUGUUGCAAACAAAGAUUUAUCUCAACUUGCUGAAGAGAAGAGGGAGUUGGAAUUUUGUAAGAAAAAUAUAGAAGUAGAGUUGCAGAAAGCAAAUGAAGAAACUCAUUCACAAACUAACAAGUUUGCUGAGACUAGUGAGGCUAGAAAGUCACUUGAGGAGGCAUUGUCACUGGCAGAAAAUAACAUUUCCUUGCUUAUCAGUGAGAAAGAGGAGGCUCAAGGUAGCAGAGCUGCCUCAGAGAUGGAGGUGGAGAAAAUGAGGGAGGAAGUUGCUAUUCAGACCAGCAGGCUCACAGAAGCAUAUAACACUAUAAAGUCACUUGAAAAUGCACUUUCCCAGGCAGAGAUGAAUGUUGCUUCACUAACUGAACAAAGUAACAAUUCACAAGUGGAAAUAACCAACUUGGAGAAUGAGCUAAAACAGCUAAAAGAUGAAACUGAGACCCUGGCUAGCAAGCUGGCAGAUGCUGGCACGACCAUUAAAUCACUAGAAGAUGCAUCGGUUAAGUCAGAAAAGGAUUUUUCUGCACUUCAAGGUGAGAAAACAACUGCUGAUCAGGAGAUAUCAACUCUCAAUUCGAAACUGAAUGCAUGCAUGGAAGAGUUGGCGGGAACCAGUGGCAACUUAGCAAACAGAUCCAUAGAGUUGAUUGGUCAUAUUAACAAUCUUCAAAUGCUCAUUGCAGACCAAAGUUUGUUGUCUACGAUAAAACAAUGCUUUGACAGGAAUUUGGAGCACUUUAAAGUCAUGGAUCUUACCAUUAAAAACACAAGGGACCAUUUGGUUGACAAGGAUUUAGAACUGCUGCAAGGUCAACCACUCAUGGAGGAUAUCGCUCAUCUAGCAAGACGUUUCUCCAUUGAUAUCGAUAAUACUGUGAACAUUGAGAUGGAGAAUGAUGAAGCAAAUGCGGUACAUGCUAAUGAUGUUUCUUCAGGUUUUAGAAGGACUGCAGAAGGGUUCCAGUUGCGAAACAAAAUCCUUGCAGAUAGUUUUGAAGGUUUUUCAACCUUCCUAGAUGAGUCAAUAGCAGCCUUGUCAAAAAAAUUACAGGCAGCAAAGGAUGAGGUAAAAAGUAUGGUCGAGAAUAUGGAAUCCUUGAAACAAAAUGUCAAAAACCUGGAAAUGCGUGAACAGGAAAAGGAGAAAGCUAUAGCCAUGUUACGGAAUGAUUUUGCCAUUUUAUUCUCUGCUUGUACAGAUGCAACUACAGACCUGCAGUUUGAAGUUAAGAACAAUCUUAUAGAAUUUAGCUCUCUUCCUGGGCUUGAAAAAUUGAACCAUGUUUUGCACCCAGAAGUGGAAGAAUUUGUUGGAGAUGACAUGGCUCAGACAGAGGUUGCUGGCAACAAAUAUGCUAAGACAGCUGAGAAGUUGUUGACUGCUACUAGAAAAGUUCAAAGUCUGGCAAAGUUGUUUGAAACUACAAGUACAGCGGUGGCCACUAUCAUUCAUAAUUUACAGAAAGAAUUGGAAGAUACCAGGAGCACCUCUGAGAAAGCCAUUGAAGAAAGAGACAUAUAUCAAAGUAGGGUUUUCAAGUUGGAGAGUGAUGUAGAAGCAUUAGAAGAUUCAUGCAGAGAAGUGAGGCUUAAGUUAGAGGAUUAUCAGGCCAAAGAGGACAGAUGGAAAGAAAAAGAGUCAGAACUUUCAUCAUUGAACCUUAGUUUGUUGAUGAAAGAAAAAGAAGCUGAAGAGCCUUUCCUGUCAGCAUCUCAAUUAAGAACUCUAUUGGACAAGCUAAGUGGGAUUGAAACUCCUCUUGUCGAGUCAAAAGACCUGGAGCCCCAUACCUCAGCUGAUGUUAAGAAACUGUUUUCUGUUGUUGAUAAUUUCACUGAUCUGCAGAAUCAAAUAAAUUUGCUAUCUUAUGAGAAGGAAGAACUACAGUCUACACUUUCAAGACAGAUUUUUGAAAUUGAGCAUCUUAAAGAAGAAAUUGGAAAAAAUGUUAGAAAUAAGCCAGACUUGGAAGAGAUGAAAACGGAGUUGUCUGAGGUUACAUAUGGUUUGGAGAAGAUCAUUGCUGUAUUGGGAGGUAAAGAGUUUACUGGAGGCCAAAAUUCUGUUGGUAUGAAAGCACUUUUACCUGUUUUAGAAAAACAGGUUAAUACGCUGUUGUUGGAGGCUGAAAAUUCAAAAUACAAAGCACAGGAACUUGGUACCAAGUUGCUUGGAAGCCAAAUGAUUGUGGAUGAAUUGUCAACUAAGGUUAAGUUACUUGAAGAUUCUCUUCAGAGUAGGACUGUGCUGCCUGAGAUUGUCCAGGAAAGGAGCAUCUUUGAAGCACCUUCAGCACCCACUGGUUCAGAAAUAUCUGAAAUUGAAGAUGCGGGAUCACUUGGAAAGAGUACAAUAUCUCCUGUGCAAUCAGCUGCUCACGUGCGAACUAUGCGAAAAGGAUCAACGGACCAUCUUGCACUUAAUAUUGACUUGGAAUCUGAUCGCCUGAUAAACAAUGAGGAAACUGAUGAGGACAAAGGUCAUUUGUUCAAGUCUCUCAACACAUCUGGCCUCAUCCCAAAACAAGGAAAGUUGAUUGCAGAUCGAGUUGACGGAAUUUGGGCAUCUGGUGGCCGAGCUCUAAGUAGUCGUCCCAGAGCAAGACUAGGCCUCAUUGCCUAUUGUCUUCUCCUGCAUAUAUGGCUAGUGGGAACCAUUUUGUAACCAAGAUUGCGAUCAUCAAUCCUCUGGACCAAAGCCUUACCAUUUCGUGAUCAGCUCCUGAAAAUUGUAUAAUAGAUAAUAUCGUAGUCAUUCUUUCUCAUUCUUUUGUUUUUCCCUCAUCUAACUCUUCUUAACAUAUGGUGCCUAUUAGGUUGGUAUACAUAUUCUUACCAUUAUAUGCAUUCUUUGCAAUAGCCUUAUUUUAGAAACCGCAGAGAAUGUAAGGUUCAAAUUGUCAAGGCAAUAAGUCAGCAUUGUGCCUCUGUUGUCUGAAGUGAGACAUUGAGCAUAUGCAAUUUGUGAUGGAUCAUAGACAAAAUUGAGAUACAAGUGUUCUUAGAUGUAGUUUUGAAAUA